AUGGAGGGCGCUGAAAUGCAGAUCGUUGAAGCGCAGAUCGACCUAGACUUGGCGAUGCCAGAUGAUGUUGACAAUGGCGCCGCAGCGGAUGCUGAAACCGGCCGUGGCCGCUCCAAGAGCCGCAGCCCAAAAAACAAACGCGGCCGGGCGAAAACUCCAAAGGGAAAGGCAAAGGCUAAGUCCAAGGGUGGCAAGUCUGGGCGCGCUGCCGCAGAAGGGGAAACCAUGCAAUGCCCUCUCCCUGAGUUUGAAGCAUCUUGCCCCGCGCCUGGCAACAAUUUGCCGCGUUGCAACUUUGACUUUGUCCAGUUCAUGCAGCGUGAGAAGGUUGCGCUCAUAGCUUCUCACAGUGAAGAGCGGGAGCCCAUGUCCAAGAAGCAGUGGCUGGCCUAUGCCCAAGAAGUGAAGAACCACGACAUGUCUGAGGCCGAGGCCCUUGCUGAGUGGAAGAGGAUGGUUGAUGAUGUCGAUGGCUUUGAGCGGGCAUCCAAAGGCCGGAAUGGUGAAGUCCGGAUCUAUUGCCCUACCCGAGAGGUCAAGACUUCGACACGUGCCCGGGAAGAGAGCUACGAGGUCACCAAGCAGGCAAAGGCCAGGAAGUUCAAUGAGUCGGGCUUGGAAGAGUUGCGAGAAGACUUGCGCCAACGUUCUGGCUUCAGCAGUGUGAGUGGUGAGGAAUGGAGACAGUAUGGCGGAGGGAAAGCUGCAGCGAGCAAUUCUGCUCUUGUGAAUGCCGCUGGUCUCACACAGGCCGGGGGUGUCAGGAGCCAAGCAAACAUCAAGACUUUGGAGGAGGUGGUGGAAGGCUUUGCAGGCGAUAUGGACUCUAUUCCCCCCACGCCCACGCCUUCCCAGUCUGUGCUUGGCGAGGAGAAGCCGGAGAAUCCGGAACAGCCGCCAGAGAUUCCCAAGAAAGGGAAGAACUUCGACGCUGGAAUUUGGCGGAUGCUCGAAGGACUGCUGGGCGGCGGGUGGCUGGUGACCCGCUGGGUCAUGGUCGACAGUCAGCGAGAGGUUUUGACCAUGAAGAACCAAGAAGAGAAGGCAAAGGCGGCCAACACCGUUCUACUUGGUUGGCUCCAGUCAUCAAUGGUAGACUGGCAGCUCCUAUUGGGAAGGCCUGAAGGUCUGCUAGUGUCUGAGGAGAUCUCCACCUUGGGCGACUUGUUGCCAUGCAAUGAGUUGAAAACAGUCUCCGACAGCAAGCUCAAUGCAGUGCUCGAGUUUGAGCAAAGCAAAGCCUGCAGCGCCUGGUUUCGGGACCAGGUGAAGACACUCAGAUUGUUGAAGGCGCUGGUGAACCAAACAGCCACCAAGAUCACCACUACCAUCAAAACUUACCAAAAGGCUCACAAGUCUGCGCAUGACAAGAAAGUUGCGCAGGCAAAAAAGAAUGCCAAGAAGGGCAAAGAGAAAGAAGGAGAAGCAGGUUCUGUUUCUCAACCUGGUGAGGUUGCAAGCUCUGGCAGUUCUGGUGUCAGCGUCUCCUCUCCGCUGUUGACGCAGGAGUUUUUGAAGAGCUGUCAGGCCAUCAAGGUGCAUGCCUUGGUGGAGGCCUUCCACAAAGAGUUGGGCCCAGAAGCGUCGUGUUGGGCAGUGCCGUUUGUGAUCAAAGGGCUUCAGGCACCUGUCAGGGAAAGGUUUGAGAAUUCGAACUUGCGCCCUGCGGCUGAAUACUUCGAGCAAGUGGUCACUGAGAAAGCUUCCUCUUUGGUGCGGGCAAGGUGCACCCCUGACCAUUGCCAAGAAGUGCAGCAAUUGCUCUUAGGUUUGCUGCCAAAGGACAGAAUGGUUGACCUGGCAAAUGCAGGUUUGGAAGAUGAGAAAGUCUUGAAAGCUGUUGUCUCCACCCGCCUUGUUGCGCAAGGCGCGCAGAAACCAUACGCAGGGUUUGAGUAUGAAGACCUGGGCUCAUGGGAAGUCCCAGUCAAGGGGCAGAAGCAGGUGGUGCUUUUCCAACCUGGCGCUGACAUGCCUUUCUUCAUGUCGAAUGAUGGCAGCAAGCUUCUGGACGCUGAGAGCAAGGUACUUGCCAAGCAUGCCCAUGUCCACACUCUCACAAUUGCAGAAGGCCUGUACUGGCCACCUGGCUGGGCAUGUGUCUCUGUGAGUGUGGGUAAGAGUCCAUGUUUCAGUCUGAGCCAGUCUUUUCUGCUUCGACACCUUGUGACAGAUGGAGAGGACAACGUGCUGAACACUGCUCUCACCAGCUCUUCCUCGGGCCGUCAGGCGUGGCUGGAUGCUUGGAAGAAGGCGCAGGCAGCGCUGCCCAGUCUUCCCUCGCCAGUCAAGGCGGCUGAGGAAGCAGCAAAAGAAACAGCUGAGAAGAUGGAGUCCUGA